AUGUCUGUAGAUUACUACGGUUAUUCUACUCCAGAUGGCAAUCCUACCCUAUCACAUGCAAUUGUCUUUACAGUGCUCUUCGGGAUAGCGCUCAUAGCACACUGCGUACUCGCUGGGAUAACGAAGCAGUGGUGGCUUUACGGCACCAUCGUCCCUUUCCUGAUACUCGAGACCAUUGGAUGGGGUGGCAGGUGCGGCGACAAUCGGGACGCUUAUAUCAUGCAAAUUGCCACACUUAUCAUCGGUCCUACAUUCCUCUCUGCAAUGAUUUAUGUCGAUCUUGGUGUCGUUGGCCUGCAGUACGGCCCGAAUUUCUCUAUUCUCGGUCCAAGGAUGUUCGCUGCUGUCUUCAUCACUGCAGACGUUUUCAGUAUUCUCGUUCAGGCUGCUGGUGGUGGUAUUGCAUCGUCAGCUAGCAAAAGUAUUAACAGGGAGCUUCUCCACACGGGUAGCAAUGUGAUGCUGGCUGGUAUUGCUAUUCAGUUUGCCUGCAUUAUCUUCUACUCUUACUUUUUACUUGAGUUCGUAGUUAGAUACUACAAGAGAUGGCCCGUUAGGGCUAAGCGCCAAGAUCCUAUCGCUAUAGAUCCUUUGUCGCAACCCAACCAAAGAAAUUUGGCUCUAAGAUUGACAAUGCUUGGUGCAAUGUCAUUCCUAAUCAUUUGGAGAGGCAUCUACCGUUUAAUUGAGCUGAAGGAUGGCUGGGAAGGCACUGUAAUUAAAGAUCAGGCUGCUUUCGACACCAAUGAUGGUAUGCCAAUGGUUAUUGCUGCCUGGUUGAGCGGUAUCUUUCAUAUAGGGCUACUCACGCCCACGACAAACGCCUCAUUCUUAUCGAGAGGCAAAAAAGGAGGUGCUGAUGCUGCCGAGGCUGACGUCAAGGAUGAGGUCGCCUAA